CACCUUUAUCCUCUGAGUGGCACCCCCAGGAUUAAUAGGAAGCUGUCAGCAUCAGCCACAUAUGCCCUGGAGAGUCACAAGCCUCACUGGUUUUCUGCGUGGCCGCAUUUCUUCAUCUCAAUUGUCAGUGGCUGCUAUGCAGCAGGUGCAGCCCGGUCUCUCACUGAGUCUCUACUCCACAAAGGCAACGACUGGCCAAGGCAGUGGCUGGCUCUGGGUUACACAAGUGCAGACACUCAACUAAGUGAGCUGGAAGACCCAGGAGAAGGCGGAGGCUCAGGUGCCCACAUGAUCAGCACAGCCAGGGUACCUGCCGACAAGCCUGUACGCAUCGCCUUUAGCCUCAAUGACGCCUCAGAUGAUACACCCCCUGAAGACUCCAUUCCUUUGGAAUUUCCAGAAUUAGACCAGCAGCUACAGCCCCUGCCACCUUGUCAUGACUCCGCGGAAUCCAUGGAGGUGUUCAAACAGCACUGCCAAAUAGCAGAAGAAUACCAUGAGGUCAAAAAGGAAAUCGCCCUGCUUGAGCAAAGAAAGAAGGAGCUCAUUGCCAAGUUGGAUCAGGCAGAAAAGGAGAAGGUGGAUGCUGCUGAGCUGGUUCGGGAAUUCGAGGCUCUGACGGAGGAGAAUCGGACGUUGAGGUUGGCCCAGUCUCAAUGUGUGGAACAACUGGAGAAACUUCGAAUACAGUAUCAGAAGAGGCAGGGCUCAUCCUAACUUUAAAUUUUUCAGUGUGAGCACAUGAGGUGGAUGACUGCCCUGUGCUGGCCAAAAGAUUUUUAUUUUAAACGAAUAACGAGUCAGAUCUAUUGCUUCUCUGUAUUACCCACAUGGCAACUGUCUAUGAUGAAUUUACUGCUUGCCAGCUUCUAGCUUGAGAGAAGGGAUAUUUUAAAUGAGAUCAUUAAUGUGAAACUAUUACUAGUAUAUGUUUUUGGAGAUCAGAAUUAUUUUCCAAAGAUAUAUAUAUUUUUCUUUUUUAGGAAGAUAUGAUCAUGCCGUACAACAGGGUAGAAAAAGAUAAAAAUAGAAUAUUGACUGACCCACCUAAGAAUCAUGGGCUGAGCAGAGUUAAGCCAUGCAACAAACCUGUAACACGUUCACUGUAGUUUCACAUGUGUAUUUUUUAAAUUUCAUGCCUUUAAUAUUUCAAAUAUGCUCAAAUUUAAACUCUCAGAAACUUCUCUGCAUGUAUUUAUAUUCACCAGAGUAUAAGCUUUUAUACUCUGAUUUUUAUUCUUCAAUGAUUGAUUGUACUAAGAAUAAAUGGUCACAUAUCCUAAAAGCUUGUUCAUGAAAUUAUUAGCAGAAACUGUGUUUGUAACCAAAGCACAUUUGCCAAUGCUAACUAGCUGUUGUAAUAAUAAACAGAUAAGGCUGCAUUUGCUUCAUGCCAUGUGACCUUACAGUAAACAUCUCUGCCUUUGCCUGUGUGUGUUCUGGGGGGAGGGGGGACAUGGAAAAAGAUUGUUUGGACAUUAUUUGGGUGAGUGCCCAUGAAAACAUCAGUGAACUUGUAACUAUUGUUUUGGAUUUAAGGAGAUGUUUUAGAUCAGUAACAGCUAAUAGGAAUAUGCGAGUAAAUUCAGAAUUAAAACGAUUUCUCCUUGUUCUACCUAUCACCACAUUUUCUCAAAUUGAAUUCUUUGUUUUAUGUCCAUUUCUAUUCAUGUAACUUCUUUUUCAUUAAACAUGGAUCAAAACUGAA